GGCUGCUCCCAGCCCCGAUGGCCGAGCCGGCCCUGGCUGGCGGCGCCGCUGCGGUCUUCGCGCUGAGCGCCGCAGAGCUCGCGGAAGCGCUGCCCGAGGGCGGAGACUUCGCCCACCUCUGGAAGGUCUACGACCGCGCUCCGAAGACGAGGGGCCGUUCGAACGUGGGCGGCCGUUGCGGGCGGCACCUCUUCGAGACCGGGGAGACCCCGGCGCUGAUCCGGGCGGUGCUGGACCAGGCCUUCGAGCAGGAGUGCCUGCGGGGUGCCGACCGCGCGGAGCUCUUCGCCAGGGUCCGCGGCUGGGCGCUCGACUACCUGCAGUGCCCCGUGCCGUGGCGGCGCACGCAGCCGCCCGGUCCGGACCAGGGCGACUCGAUCGAGUACACCGCGCGGCAGUGCCGCGGCCUCCUCGCGAAUGCCUUCCUCGGCAACGUGCUGGAUCCGAUGGCGGAGUUCAAGGGGAGGUUCACGUCUGGCCCCCUACUGGACUUCCUCGCGCACUACCUGGACGGCGCCGAGGGCAAGGUCGGAGUCCAGAAGACCGCCGCCCUGCUGAUGUACUUCCGGCGGGGCAUGGAGCUGGCAGGGACCGAGGACGACGACGGCGCGUGGUCUUCGUGCACCAGCGAGGGCCGUCGGACGAGGCCUUCCGCAAGCUGCUGUCGGACAGGGCAGGCCUGCCGGCUGCUGGCGGGGUCGGCGGCGGAGGGGCGCUGCGCUUGCACGACAAGGUGAUGGAGGCCCCAGAAGGCGCCACAGCCUUUGUGAAUUUUGCGAAUGCCUUCUACGGCGUCGGGUGCUUCAUCUCGAGCUGCACGCAGGAGGAGAUCCUGCAGAUGGCCUGCCCAGAGAUGAACGCGGGAAUGCUGCACAUCGGCAAGAUGAAAGACGACGAGGUGGUGGUGGCGCGCAACUGCCGCCGAUUCAUCGAGUACAGCGGCUACGGGCAAACCUUCGAAGUAGUGGGGCCUUGGGCCAGGGACGCCGUGGUCGACGUCCUAACCAUGGACGCGGUCUUCAGCAGGCACUACCGCGAGGAAAGCCAGCUCCGGGACGUCAGGAAGGCCUACACGGCCUUCGCGGCCCACCGCAGCCCCGACGGCUGCUGCCCGCCCCGCCCGCUGCUCCCCGAGGGCGCGGCCGCCGUGAGCUCCGGGCGCUGGGGCUGCGGCUGCUUCGGGGGCGAGCCGGCCCACAAGCUGGCGCAGCAGGUCAUCGCUGCCAGGCUGGCGGGCGUGGUGCUGCUCUUCUCGACGUUCGGGUGCCCCGACGGCUGCGACGUGGUCGCCCGGGCGCUGGAGCAGCACCCGUGCACCAUCGGGACGCUGUGGCGCUGCGCCCUGAAGGCGCAGGGGGGUGCGGGGCGCUUCGAGCAGGUGCUGGCCGAAGGGCUCGGAGCCGCAACUGCCAGGCCCAGGGAGGCCCCCGAGGCGGAGUCCACCUGCACCACAGCGUGA